GCCCGCGACGGCGAUCGGCAGUUGUUUCAGUUAGUUGUUUUAUCGCGGCUUGCCAAUUGAGAGCGUAGCAGCCACCGAGCUACGGCGAUAGUCACAUGUUUUCAAAUAUACGCGAAGGCGCGAAAUCUUUUUUCAAACUGAUGAUGAUUUUUGCAGACGAAUCUUGCCGAUGAUAAUUAAAUAGUGCUGCACCCGAUCAUUUGACGAGAAUCGAGUGUUUCGCGGUGGUUACUCGACAGUGUCUUUCUUGGACACAGCUUACUAAAUUGCAACUUUUAAUACCGGGUUUGACUAAGUUUGACUAAAAACUCUGAGUUGAACGCAAAAAUUAAAUUUACCAAGUCGGGAUGUUGAGGUAAUCGCAAAAGCGUGCCAGUGCGGUUUCAAAUCAUUGUUACAUCGUUAAAUAAUGCCGCGGGCAUAUCGGACAAUAUAUUAACUAUUUAAGCAUAAUUAACCGAAGGUUAAAUAGAUCGAAAAACAGUUCAAUUUAGCGACAGUGGCACCAUCAUUAAGAAUUGUUAAACAUUUAGAAUAGAAAGAGUGAGGAGACGUCAGACAAUUAGAGAAACAAAUCCAAAUCUAGUGAAACGAGACUUUAUUAUUGAAGAAGAAAGCAACUGCCAUGCAGGCGGUUUUGGUUUGAAAAACGAGGUCGAUUCAUCAAAAACGGCGGAAUAUUUCCGAGAUUGGUACGCAAUUGUUGCUCAGAAUACUUUAGGAAACUCAGACGAAUCAGGAUGCGAGGCUGACAUGGCCGAAGGCAGCGUGGAGGAAGACAGCGGUGAAAUGUUGGGUCCCUCUGGGGCCCCCCCUAUGCCAAUGCACACCCCUUCGGUACCCACCAAUUUAUCAAUAAAAGAUGAGGAAAGCGAUUGCUCUGAAACGUCCAGUGUAGCGUCCCCAUCUCCAGCUACAGAUUCGGCUGGUUGCACCGAUCUAUCGCUGUGUCCUCUACGGCCUACCAUGCCACCACAAGCACGUCAGGAUGAUCAUCUUCAUCAAGGCGAGAGUAAAAUUACCAGUCCAGGACCUCCUUCUCAUGGCAUGUCCCAACAGCAACUGAAUGGCACCAUGGCUAGUUUAGCAACACUGCAAAACCUACAAAACUUAGCAUCACUACAUCAAAGCCUGCCGCAGGUGGCAACUUUAGCUGCCAGCUUAUCCAGCAUGGCCAACUCGCAUACUGUUCAAUCCAGCAACAAUCCCAACAUCGUAAAUGGACCUUUGAAUCUAAGCGUUAAUGCUGCUUCUGCUACAACGCCCCGAUCUCAACCGAACAGUAUACCAUGUGAUCACUCAACAAAUAACCUGACAGCCUUAAGUGCUCAACCGCCUCCAGCACCUUCAUUGCCGCCCCCCAACCAUCUAAUGCAAUCCCCUCAGCCGGCGCCAAUGCCUCAAUUGAUUUUAGCCUCUGGACAAUUAGUCCAGGGCAUUCAAGGUGCCCAGCUGUUAAUACCCACUUCGCAAGGAUUAGCAACUCAGACCAUACUGACCAUACCGGUAAACCAUGUAAAUAGCACCGACCAGAUGGUGAAUUUAGCCCUGAACAACGGGCAAGUGAUGCAAACCUCUUUAGCAAACUUGCAAGCCAUGGCUGCGCAAAGUAGUUUGCUGGCUAACAAUCCUCCACUCCAAGCGCCCACCACGAACGGUUCUCCAGUUGGUCAGCAGUCGCUGCUGAAUCCAACCUCCCUCACCCACCUACUCUCAACGACCAAUUCCGCUCAACAAUUGUUGCAGUCGCUGCCUCAAAUGAUCUCCAAUCAGCAUGCGCCACCACAGGCCACGCCCUUGCUCAAUUCCCUAGCGCAGCCGCUACUUAAUCAGGCCGCGCCCCAUUUGAGCCAAACCACGCCCUACGUCAGCCAGUCGAACCCGAUGUACGCGCAAGCGCCGCCUUUGUUAAGCCAAGGCACGCCCCCCACAUCGCAAACCCCGCCCUCCAGAAUGUCGAUGGGAAAUGGACACUAUGUGGACUCAAAGUCUUGCUACCAGCCGCAGACUUUGUCCAGGAAUUGUUCUUCGCCUGGAAUGAACGGUGGUGGCAGAAGUAGUGCUUCGGAUAUUAGUGUGCAUACCGGUUUGGGAGCGCCAAAUGUACAAAGUGUGAAAAGAAGCCCUAGUUCGCUCAGUCCAGACUGUAAUGACAGUUCAACAGCCGAUUUGCUGAUAGAUUCACCUAAUCAACCGACGAUCAAUCAAACGAAUAGUAACGUAGUGGACGGCAUCAAUUUGGAUGAAAUCAAAGACUUUGCCAAAGCGUUCAAACUUCGACGAUUAUCCUUGGGGCUUACACAGACUCAAGUGGGGCAAGCCCUAAGUGUCACUGAAGGACCUGCCUAUAGUCAAAGUGCCAUUUGUAGUGCCCUGGCGUCCCAGAUGGUUGCAGCUGCCCAACAGCAAGCAAUGUUCGAGAAAUUGGACAUUACACCGAAAAGCGCGCAGAAAAUUAAACCAGUAUUAGAAAGAUGGAUGAAGGAAGCAGAAGAAAGUUAUUCCAGGUACAAAAGUGGGCAAAACCAUCUCACCGACUUCAUAGGAAUUGAACCAUCAAAGAAGCGGAAGAGAAGAACCUCAUUUACUCCACAAGCUUUGGAGCUUUUAAACGCGCACUUUGAAAGAAACACUCAUCCAUCAGGAACUGAAAUAACGGGUUUGGCACACCAACUCGGCUACGAACGUGAAGUAAUAAGGAUAUGGUUCUGUAAUAAACGACAGGCCCUCAAAAACACUGUAAGAAUGAUGUCCAAAGGAAUGGUCUAAGAAAACUGACAAAUCUAAUCAUAUAAGGCUAUCUGUGAUUCUUUGGAUAUUUUUGUGUAUACCAGCUAAUUGUUUAGUGUAAAUACUUACGUAAGAUUCGAGACUAGUAAACAGAUCAGAUUGCCAAUUAUACAAAGUGUAAUUCACCUUCUCAUAGUAGGUUUGCGUUAUAGUCGAAGAAAACACUCAACAAUGGGAAAUAUUUUAAAGCUGUUUUAAGGCUUGAAACAUAGAUACAUAAUUAGCGUGUUUAAAUCAAACUAAAAAUGUCCAGGUCUUAUUUCAUAGUAUUCUGUUAAUUCGGGUUUAGAUUGAAGGAAAGUAGCAAAUUUUUGCUUAGUCAUCAAUUCGGAUUUGCAACCGGGAAGAUUUAAAACCGUCUUUGCCCGAAAUAAGUUCAAAGUGGAUCAACAGCGUUUUCUUUGAUAUAAUUUAGGCUUUUCCCGAUCUGAUGAUGAAACAGUGUAUACGAUUUGAUAUUACAUUGUGCAAACUUGGGUUCUUUACUCAAAACUUGUCAUUCGAAAUUAACAUAUCUACUGUAAGUAAAAAGUAUACAUUUCUAUAUUUAAGGUCUAUUAUGUUAAGAUUUUAAGCAAAAUUAAGCGAAAAUCGAAAAUAUUUUUGUACCACGAGUAUAAUAUUUUAGGCGAAACAUUUGUGGAAAAGUGUAAAAAUUGUAAAAAUUAAGUUUACAAAUUUGAUCUCAAAUUACCUUAUGUUUUCCAUCUUGUUUCCAUUGUAUAUUUAUGUAUUAUAACAGAGAGCUUAACCAGUGGAAUUUUUGCAACAUUUACUUUGCCUUACGGGCGGCUUUCGUUUUGCAAAAACUGUAGCUCUCUGAAGAGAAACCAAAGUUCCUAUAUAAUUAGAUUGUGUAUAGAAUAUGCAUGUAUAUAAAUAUCAAUGUAACAUAACAAAGUAUACUUGGAAAUUAACAAGAACGAAGAUUUUAUUAAUUUAACACACUAAACCAAUUAAUGGCUAAUGGAAUAUCUUUCUUAAGCUAUUGGUUUUGGGUUACAAUAUAUUUUAUUUCAAAAGUAAAUUUACCUUAACAAUUCCGAAUUACUACUGAUAAAAGGUCCAUCACUUUCGAACUUCACAUGUUCUUAACAUAAACAAAGAAAGAUAUUCCUGCAUAUAGUUACACAUGUAUAAAGUUUAAAAAACCUGUAUGUAGAUAGGAAAUGUAAGUUAUUAAAAUUAUUUUAUGCGGCAAACUCUGUAAGAUAUUAAGGUAAUAAUAAUUCUUAUUGUGGAAGAAAAAGUACUGUAUUUGUUCGUAAUAACGUAGACGUAUCUCGUACACUGAGAAAUAAAAAACAUCAAAUAUAAA